UUAUAUAUAUUAAACACGCAAGCAGCUAGCAGCUAGCAGCUAGCAGCUACCACCUAGCUGCCUUCUAGCUGCUCACAACACUUGGAUCGAUCAACAAGCUAUAUAUCUUGGUAGCGAAUAGCAAUGGCGCCAUCCAAGCUUGCCAUGUUGCUCGCCCUGAGCGUCCUCUCCUUGGCAGCAGCGGUGCACGGCUGCGCGCCGUACUGCCCUACCCCCACCCCGCCGGUGGUGCCGACACCGUCCGGCGGCGGCUCGUGCCCGAUCAACGCGCUGAAGCUGAGCGUGUGCGCCAACGUGCUGAACCUGCUCAAGAUCAGUUUGCCCCCGCAGAACGACGACUGCUGCCCGCUGCUGCAGGGGCUCGUCAACCUCGACGCCGCCCUCUGCCUCUGCACCGCCAUCAAGGCCAACAUCCUCGGCAUCAACAUCAACGUGCCCGUCGACCUCAGCCUCCUCCUCAACCACUGCGGCAAAAUCUGCCCCGCCGACUUCACCUGCCCCAACUAGAGUUACUCAUCAGUAACUAUUCAUCGUCCAUCACCUCACGUGCAAAUCAUAUAUAGUAUAUGCGUGCGUGCGUGCAUAUACAUACAUGCAUAUGGGUUCCCUCCACAGUCCACACCUCGUGCAAGCAAGUCAUGUAACCGUACGUUUGUGUAAUGUUGUCCUUUUAUUUGCCGUCCUCUGUGCUCCCGGGUGAUAGCUCGGGAGCUAGCUUGUACCAUGCAAAUGUGUGCUCUUACAUACACACAGUCAGACAUGUUGUUUCUAUACGUACGUCAAAUAAAAGUUUAUACAGCAGGUUGUGUUGUGUUAA